UGAGUGUGUCUCUCUGAGUAAAUAUUUGAGGUUAUGGAUUAACUAGUGUCCUCCAGGCUUGAUGGCGGAAGAGUAGACAACUGAUCCACCGGGAAAAAUCAGCGUACAACCUAUUUUGCAAUGUGGAGGCUAAUUUCCCUUUUGGUGUUUUCAUCUGCCUUCAUAGCAUCUAAUGAGCAUAAAACAUCAGUCUUUUACAGCAGCCAAGAGGCAAACCAAGUGCUAAAGAUCCAGAAGCGAGCCAAUACUUUCUUAGAAGAAUUAAAGCCAGGCUCAUUGGAGCGGGAAUGCAUGGAGGAACACUGUGAUUUUGAGGAAGCCCGUGAGAUAUUUGAAAGUCAUGAAGCAACUCUAAGUUUUUGGACAAAAUAUUUUGAUGGAGACAUGUGUGAAUCCGUCCCAUGUUCCAACGGAGUCUGUCAGGAUGGCAUCGGCCGAUACGACUGCAUUUGUAACAAAGGCUGGGAGGGGCAGCUGUGCCAAAAUGAGGUCAUGUAUGACAACUGUUCCAUUGACAAUGGGGGAUGUGAACAUUUUUGUAAUGAGGUCCAAACAAGCAAUGAGAAAUACCGUUACUGUAGCUGCGCUUCAGGAUACCGACGGUCUAAUAAUCAUACCUCUUGUGAACCUGAUGUGGAGUUUCCUUGUGGAAGAGUUGUCGAAAAUAAAGCAAAAAUUGCUAAAGUAAUUGGAGGUAGACCUGGAAGAAAAGGAGAUAGCCCUUGGCAGGUUAUGCUGAGUGACAGUAGAGGCGAGUUUAAGUGUGGUGGUGUUCUCAUAAACCCUGCCUGGGUUCUGACAGCUGCUCAUUGUGUGGCAAGAGAACAGAGAAUCAGGCUGAAAUUUGGUAAAUAUCAUCGUCGGAAACCAGAUGAUAGUGAGCGGAUCAUUGAUGUUGACAAGCGAUUGCUGCAUGAAAAUUAUUCUGUGGCCACCUCUGACAAUGACAUUGCCCUGUUGCACUUAGCGCACCCCGUCAUUGUCAGCAAGUACAUUGUGCCCAUUUGCCUGCCUUCCAAGAACCUGGCAGAACAGGAGUUAAUGAAAGAAGGGGCGCAAACCGUGGUGACAGGAUGGGGCAGCCAGAGCACAGACACCAGCAAGAAUUACUCCCAUGUUCUUCAUUAUAUCGAAAUCCCUUUGGCAUCACGGAAUGACUGUGUGAAUGCUAUGUCGAAUCAUGUCUCUGAGAACAUGCUCUGUGCAGGAAAACCGGGAGAUACACGGGAUUCUUGCCAUGCAGACAGCGGUGGGCCCAUGGUCACAAAGUUCGGGAAUACCUGGUUCUUAAUUGGACUCGUGAGUUGGGGAGAGGGCUGUGGGAAUCCUGAAAACUUUGGAAUCUAUACUAAAGUCAGCUCCUAUCUUGACUGGAUCAGCCAGCAAAUAAAAACAUAAGAUUUUUCUAUAGGACAUGAAAGAACAAAUAGAAAAAUAGGGGUUUGUUUACCAAACAACAAAACAGGUAUUGAGUGUCCAAUAAAUACAAAAUAUACAAAAUGAGUAUGUGCUGUGUGUUCUGUUUUUAUAAAUCAGUUUCCCCACCUUGUACACAGAGGUACCUUGAAAGAAGAUGACAAAUCAUGAAGGAAAUCCUAUAUGCUUCCUUCUUCCCCUGAUUUUUGAAUUAAGCAAACUUUGAUCUGUUGCACCAAAACUUUUAUUUUGAUAAGAAAGUGUUUAUUCUCAGAGCUAGGAAGUAACUAACAGUAAGCAGUGUUGCUGAAUAAGUUCCUGAAGGAGUGGCUGCUAAUAAACAUCAAGGGUAAUGUAAUGAGCAAGAGAAAAAAUAUUUUUAAUGGUUGUUGUUUUUUUUGUCAUGUCAGGAGCUACUUGAGAAACUGCAAGUCACUUCUGGUGUGAGAGAACUGGCCGUCUACAAGGACGUUGCCCAGGGGAUGCCUAGAUGAUUUGAUGUUUUUAUCAUCCUUGUGGGAGGCUUCUCUCAUGUCCCCAUAUGAGGAGCUGGAGCUGAUAGAGGGAGCUCAUCCGUCUCUUCCCGGAUUCGAACCUGCGACCUGUCGGUCUUCAGUCCUGCCGGCACAGGGGUUUAACCCACUGCGCCACCGGGGGCUCCUAUUUUUAAUGUAAUAUGUAAUGAUUUCUAGUUACCAGUAUAUUAAUAAGUUCUGUUCACUACUGCCAAUGAAGAGUGAGCGUGAGAAAAAGGAGAUGAGUAAAAUUCAUAGUAGUACCGUGUUUCCUCGAAAAUAAGACAUACUCAUAAAAUAAUCCACAGCAGGAUUUCUAAGCAUUUGUGCAAUAUAAGCCAUACCUUGAAAAUAAGACAUAGUGAUGAUGACGAGUGCGCCCCAGGCCCCUGCUUUCAAAUCAAUCUGACCUGCAGCAGGGUUCCGCAGUUCCAGGAUGCCAGGCUGGGCCAAAACUGAUGAAAUGUGCCCCAGCAGCAGCCUCAACCAGGUACUCUUCGCAGCCAUAUGCUCUCUCCUUUCUCUCCUUUUACUAGCCCAAACUAUGUAACCAAUCCCCCAAUAAAGGCAAAUCAAAUUGUAA